AUGGAGGCAAGGGACUUAGCAUCCAUCUUCAACCAAACCAACCCGGUCCCCCGAGCCCUGGAACUCAUCGAUACUGCUGGGCUCGCCGAACCUUUCGACUCCCUGCUCACCUCUUUUGUCCAGAGUGCUGCGGUCAAUCGCGAUGCUGCCGAGUACAUCCUGCGGUCCUGUACCGACUGGUACGAUGAUGAGGUGCUCCGCAGGGAUCUCUACUGCCUGGUCUCGGACUGGCGCCAGAUUGUGGAAACAGUAUUUGUUCACGGCUCCCUGCCACCACCACCCGAUGAGAAGGCAGAGGCCGUCAUCAGGAAGCGAGACGCCGGCAGAUGCUGCAUCACAGGCAAGACCGGCUCCUACGGCGAUCCCCUGGUGAUUGUGCCCGUGAUCCCCAUCCCGCUCUUGUGGGAGACUCUGGUACAGCAGAACCCGCGCAUCGGACAGAUGCUAGAGGCAUUUUUCGGUGCCCAACUCACCAGCUGGUUUGAGUGGUACUUGAGAGGCACGCACUAUAUGAACCCCUAUCACACCCACUGGCUCGUCCGCAAGUCGGCAGCCGACGCCUUUGCCCAGGGAUUCCUGGCUCUGAAGAAAUGGCCGUUAUCCCAAGUCGAGUUUACUGUCGAGGACACUGACGUAUUCCCAAUGGAGUACCCGAUCGACAAGGUCGGCCCGGUCGCGCUGCUGGUUGACCACUCGCGUCAGGGUAGCCCAAAGGUAGACUGGAGGCUUCUGGUCACCCAGGAGAUGCUCUCUGAAAGCAUCCGGUGGCUCGCCAUAGCCCGAGAGCUUGAGCGGCGCCGGGCUCAAACUCCCACUGCGGCGCAGCACGGGACUGUAUUUGCAAGGUUGGACCUGGCCGCAAAGGCUGUCCGCCCCGUCGGAAGACUCCUAGGAGGAGCACUCCUGGCUCUGUGGCGCCUGGCCCCGACCAGACUGCGCGUCGUUGUCUACAAGCUCCUGGCUCUGUGGCGCCUGGCCCCGGCCGGACUGCGCGCCGCUGUCCUGGCUCUGUGGCGCCUGGCCCCGGCCAGACUGCGCGUCGUUGUCUACAAGCUCCUGGCGUCGGCGGGACGCUGGCUGUACGGAGAGGGACCUGCGCAGACCCAGAGGCUGCCAUUCGGGCUGUACCUCAAGAAGAACAAGAACGGGGAGGCUGCGCGCAACGAGUUCAACGCGCUCAAGAUCGACGCUCGCUGUGGCAAGCAAGGUCAUGUUGGAGAGGGACCGCCGGGCCUUCGCCCGCCAGAUGCAGGUGUACCUGCAGCAGCUCCGGGCCGUACCCAACACGGCCAACCAGCACGCCAUCUCCAACUCGCUCGGAGGGCCGAUCUUCGACCCCCGAAUCAAUGGCUCCCGUGCUCCCUUGGGCCCGUUCAGGGACGAGGCCGAGUUCAACAGGCUGGGCCUCGCGGUCGCCGACGACCCGGCCAGGGCCGGCCACGCGCCCACCUCACUGGUGGUCAAGGACCUGUUUCGCGGCGCCUUCCAGGGCAAUGA